UAGCACUCCGGCCCUUUAAUAGUUGGGAAACUGUGCUUAUGAAAAUGACUAAAACUUCCGGCUUAUCAGAAUACACAAUAUGGAACUGCAAGAUCCUGAUGAAAGAGAGGGAGGUGGUUUUACAUCUCAUGAAUAAAUGCGAAUACAUUUCAAAUAAACUGACAAAACAAGUAACCAGUAUCACUGAAGAUGGAGAAUGUGGGUGGAACAUAGAGCAACCGUCCAUUUUGAAUCAGAGUUUGAAGCUCAAGCCAUAUCAGAAGAUCGGAUUGAACUGGUUAGCACUUCUGCAUAAACAUGGGUUGAAUGGUAUUUUGGCUGAUGAAAUGGGCUUAGGAAAAACAAUUCAAGCUAUUGCAUUUCUGGCAUAUCUCUAUGAAGAGGGCAAUAGUGGUCCCCACCUGAUAGUUGUGCCAGCUUCCACACUGGAUAACUGGAUAAGAGAAGUUAAUCUGUGGUGUCCUGAACUGAAGGUCCUUUUAUAUUAUGGAUCCCAAGAAGAUCGGAAGCGUCUCAGGCUGCGCAUUAAUAAUAAAGCUAUACAUUUCAAUGUGAUUAUAACCACAUACAACUGCGCAAUUAGCAAUUUAGAUGAUAGAAGGCUGUUUCGCAGGUUGAAACUGAACUCUGCAAUUUUUGAUGAAGGUCAUAUGCUGAAGAAUAUGAACUCUGCGCGCUACCAACACCUUAUGACAUUUAAUGCAAAGAAUCGCUUACUGCUAACAGGAACUCCUGUUCAAAAUAAUCUAUUGGAAUUGAUGUCUCUCCUGAAUUUUGUCAUGCCGCGUAUGUUCAAAAGUAGCAAAAGUGAAAUCCGAAGGAUGUUCUCUUCAAAAGCGAAGAGUGAUGAAGAACAAAGUGCAUACGAAAAGGAGAGGAUUGCACAUGCAAAACGGAUAAUAAAACCAUUCAUCUUGAGAAGAGUAAAAGAUGAGGUCCUUAAAAAACUACCUCCCAAGAAAGAUCUCGUUGAAUUAUGUGCCAUGUCUGAGAAGCAGGAGCAACUAUACUGUGGCCUCUUCAAAAAGUUAAAGAAAAAUGUUACGGAGAAAAACUCUGAUAUGGGAAAUGUAAUGAUGCAGCUUAGAAAAAUGGCUAAUCACCCUCUCUUGCAUCGUCAGUAUUACACAAAUGACAAGCUCAGGACAAUGUCCAGACGUAUGCUUAAGGAACCAACACAUCACAAUGCUGAUCCUGACCUUAUCUUUGAAGAUAUGACAGUAAUGACAGAUUUUGAGCUGCAUCUGCUUUGUGAGCAAUAUUCUCAUGUCAGUGACUUCAAGUUAGACAUGGAUCAGAUUUUGGAUUCUGGAAAAUUUAGAACACUGGAACGCAUUCUCUCUGACCUUAAAGAGAAGGGUGACAGAGUUGUAUUGUUUAGCCAGUUUACUAUGAUGCUGGAUAUCCUGGAAGUUCUCCUAAAGCAUCGCCAGUUUAGAUAUAUCAGAAUGGAUGGAAAAACACAGAUUUCUGAGAGGAUACAUCUAAUAGAUCAGUUCAAUACAGAUACAGAUAUAUUUAUAUUCCUCCUGUCCACCAAAGCUGGUGGCUUGGGAAUUAAUCUGACCUCAGCAAAUGUUGUCAUUCUUCAUGAUAUUGAUUGCAACCCAUACAAUGACAAGCAAGCAGAGGAUCGAUGCCAUCGAGUAGGCCAAACAAGAGAAGUACAAGUCAUAAAGCUAAUCAGUAAAGGGACUAUUGAAGAAUCCAUGCUGAAAAUCAGCCAGCAGAAAUUGAAGUUAGAACAAGAUAUGACUGCAGCUGAUUCAGGAGAAGAAGGGACCAUUCCACCAGAUAUAGCCACAUUAUUAAAAGCUUCAUUAGGUCUCUGAAAUGGAAAUAUGCUUAAGAAUUUAAGGAAAAAAGGCAACAUUGUACCCCACGAAGUCAUAUAUUACUGAUGGCCAUGAGUUUUAUGACAUUUAUAACUUUUUGUAGUUUCUUUAUUGUAUUUCUCACGAUACUGAAAAUUUUUAACACCAACAGCAUUCUUUUGAUGCUUAAAAACGAAAACAUAAAUGACAAGUGGAUCAGAUGCCAACUAAAUGUUAUUUUACAGAGCAGUUUUCAAAAUGGAGACCUAAGUAGUGAUUGUUUUAACAGAUUCACUACUACUUAAGAU